CUGACUCACACAGGGAAGGCAAGCAGUCCAAAUUCACCGGAAUUUAGAAAUUUCCCAAAUGACAAAUUAAGGCACAAAACAAGAACUUUGGACAAACAACUAAAACGAGCAACAAGGGAUCAUUCUAAUUUGGUGAAACAUGUCUUUGACUUUGCUUCUGCUGUGCUCAUGCCUCAGUGUCAUUUCCGGCACACCUGUGUUUUUUGGAGACUUGGCUGAUCAGGACAGCACCAUCAGUGUAAGCAUCCCUGUAGAGCAGCCACUGCGCCCCCUGCUGGGUGGAAGUAUGGUUAUCCCCUGCUACUUUCAAGACAACGUUGUCCAUGAUCCUGGUGCUACAACCAUCUCCCCGCUCGCCCACCGUAUCAAGUGGAGCUACAUCUACAAGGGCACAAUAAGCCUUAUUCUGGUCGCCACCGGAGGACUGGUGAAAGUUGAAGGGGACUACUUGGACCGGGUUCAUAUGGUAAAUUACCCCAUGGUGCCAAGUGACGCCACCAUUGAGAUCUCAGAACUUCGUUCCAAGGACUCUGGCAUCUACAGGUGUGAGAUCAUGCAAGGCAUUGAAGAUAACUAUGAUUCUGUGGAAAUGCAAGUUCAAGGUAUUUUGUUCCACUACCGAGCGAUUUCCACCCGAUACACCUUGACAUUUGAGACAGCAAAGGCUGCCUGCAUUCAAAACAGUGCUGUUAUCGCAACUCCUGCUCAGCUGCAAGCGGCCUUUGAUGAUGGAUUCCAUCAAUGUGAUGCUGGCUGGCUCUCAGAUCAAACUGUGAGGUAUCCCAUUCAUGAGCCAAGAGAGCCUUGCUAUGGAGACAAAGAAAACUUUCCAGGUGUAAGAACAUAUGGAGUCCGAGAUGUCAAUGAGACCUAUGAUGUCUACUGCUUUGCAGACAAAAUGUCAGGCAAAGUGUUUUACUCCUUCUCUGUGGAGAAGUUUACGUUUCCUGAAGCUGAAGAGCAAUGUGCAAAGCUGGGAGCCCAGCUGGCCACCACGGGACAACUGUACCUGGCAUGGAUGACUGGCAUGGAUGUAUGUAAUGCUGGCUGGCUAGCAGACAGGAGCGUGCGGUACCCCAUUAACACACGCCGACCCCAGUGCGGCGGCGGGCUUCUGGGAGUGCGAACUGUUUACCUGUUUCCAAAUCAGACUGGCUACCCCCAUCCAGACUCCCGCUAUGAUGCAAUCUGUUACAGAGAACAAGAAGACAAGGUUUCAGAGACCUCACCAUUCCCUGAAAUAUACACUUCUACAGAUUCUGGGUUCACUGUGGCCACAGUGACUUUAAAUCCUUUAGAUUACACACAACAGGUGACCACAAAUGGCGAAGCCCGUGGGGAGACUGAAGAAACUCUUAACAUUACCAGUACAGAAGACCCCCUAUCCGUUUCUCCAAACAUAACUGAGACAAGCUCACUGGUAGAAGAGGAAGUGAUCAGAGUGGUUACGGCUAAGCCUGACCUGGGAAGUGAUAUUACCAAAGAAAAUGUAACCUCUGUUUAUCCAAUUGUCCCUCCAUUGUCUGUGGACAUGUCUGGAUCAGGCUCUGCAUCGGGUCAUCCAGAUCACAGUUCUGGGGAUGUAUCUGGAUCAGGGUCUGCAUCUGGUCAUCCAGAUCACAGUUCUGGGGAUGCCUCUGGAUCGGGGUCUGCAUCGGGUCAUCCUGAUCACAGUUCUGGGGAUGCCUCUGGAUCGGGGUCUGCAUCGGGUCAUCCUGGUUUCAGUUCUGGGGAUGCAUCUGGAUCGGGGUCUGCAUCGGGUCAUCCUGGUUUCAGUUCUGGUGAUGCCUCUGGAUCGGGGUCUGCACCGGUUCAUCCUGGUUCAAGCUCUGGGGAUGCAUCUGGAUCAGGGUCUGCAUCGGGUCAUCCUGGUUUCAGUUCUGGAGAUGCAUCUGGACAAGGCUCUGCAUCAGGUCAUCCUGAUUUCAGUUCUGGGGAUGUUUCUGGAUCAGGCUCAACAUCAGGUCAACUUGAUCUCGGUUCUGGGGAUGUCUCUGGCUUUGGGUCAGCAUCAGGUCUCAGUUCUGGGGACAUAUCUGGAUUGGGGUCAGCAUCUGGUAAACUCGAUCCGACUUUUGGAGAGAUAUCUGGAUCAAGCUCAGGAUCAGGCUUUCAUGCUUUCAGUUCCGGGGACAUAUCAGGAUCAGGCUUUCCUCAAUUCAGUUCUGGAGACAUGUCUGGCAGUGGCAGGCCCAGUGGGGACAUAUCUGGUUCUGGCCAAAGUGGUGAUGAAUCAGGUUUUCUUGUGCAGUUCAGAGAAGGUGUAGACACAUUAAUUUUGGGGACUUCUGGUUCAGGUAGUGCUCAGGAGGCAAAAGAAGGUAGUGGUGUUUUCAUUAUUCAAAGACUAGAAUCUGGGGAUUGGGAAUCCGGUGAACCAUCUGGGAGUUCGGCUAGUGGCCUUCCAUCGGGACUUGGUAGUGGAAUUAGCAUUUCCGGAGUUAGUGGUCUUUCAUCUGGACUCUGGAGUGAAGUUAGUGGUUCAGGAGCUAGUGGCCUUGCAUCAGGACUUAACAUUGAAGUUAGUGGUUCAGGAGCAUCCAGACUUGACAGUGAAGUUAGUGGUUCAGGAGCUAGUGGCCUUCCAUCUGGUCUCUGGAGUGAAUUAAGUGGUUCAGGAGCUAGUGGCCUUCCGUCAGGACUUAACAUUGAAGUUAGUGGUUCAGGAGCAUCUAGACUUGACAGUGAAGUUAGUGGUUCAGGAUCUAGUGGCCUUCCAUCUGGACUCUGGAGUGAAGUUAGUGGUUCAGGAGCUAGUGGCCUUCCGUCAGGACUCAACAGUGAAAUUAGUGGUUUAGGAACUAGUGACCUUCUAUCGGGAUUCGGAAAUGUAAUUAUCGGUUCAGGAUCAAGCAAAAUACACAGUGGUGCUGAACUGAGUGGGUCAGGCCUCUUUGGUGUGUCGUUCUUAGACACAGAAAUUAUUGAUCUAACCGCAAGGCCAUCUGGAGAACAGGAAUUGUCUGGCGUUUCUCCAUUUAGCCUGAAUUAUGUUAGUGGUUCUGGCUCUCACUCUUCAGCUUCUGGUUCAGGUGGCAUAUCGGACCACUUUGAAAGAAUAAAUGAAAAGAUAAUUAUUCUAACAGAUGAUGAGAUCAUUGAGUUUGUCUCUGGGCCUACAACUAGAACAGAACAAGGCCGUGGAUCUGUGGAGGUCAGUGGGGAGGGCAGUGGUCAAGAACAUUCAGCUGAUGACAUCUCAGGCUCCUCUUACAGAAAUUCAUAUGAACAUCACUUGAUUUCCAGAGGAACAGAUUAUCUCCUACCAGAAAAAAAUGAGCAACUUAGUAGCGCCACAGAAGCGUUUGAUAACACUGAUCAGUCCCCAGUGGAAACCACAGUAUCCACCAUCUCGGAUUUCAUCACUUCUCCUUCAGUUUCACUACAAACACCAGAAUCUAUAGUGGAGCCCACAGUUACUGAUGCUUUUGCUAACCCCUGUGAACCAAACCCCUGUGGCGAUGGCUUCUGCUCUAUACAACAUGGCAUUGUUGUAUGUCAGUGCCCACGAGGAUUCAGCGGGGAGAAUUGCUCAAUAUCGAUACAGGGAUGUGCUGAGGGGUGGAUGGAGUUCAUGGGCAGCUGUUACAUCCACUUUGAUGAGCGUGAGACCUGGGCCGGUGCUGAGCAGCGCUGUAAAGAUCUAAACUCUCACUUGGUUAGCAUAUCCUCCAAACAAGAACAAGACUUUGUCAGAACUCAGGCUCGCAACUACCAGUGGAUCGGACUCAGCGACAAAAAAGUGGAAAAUGAGUUUCACUGGACUGAUGGAAGCAUUUUGAAAUAUAAAAACUGGAGACCAAACCAGCCAGAUAAUUACUUUAACACAGAUGAAGACUGUGUUGUAAUGGUAUGGCAUGAAGAUGGCCAGUGGAAUGAUGUGCCCUGCAACUACCAUCUACCCUUUACUUGCAAAACUGGACCUGUCACCUGUUCAUCACCUCCUGAGGUGAGGAAUGCAAGGAUGCUCGGCAGCCCCCAAGAACGCUACACUGUUAAUUCGAUCAUUCGGUACGAGUGUGACAGUGGAUUCACACAGCGCCACCUUUCUGUGGUGCGAUGUAUGGCGGAUGGCCAGUGGGAGCAGCCUCAGGUUGAAUGUAUAGAAGGUAAAACGAUCAACAGACUUCGGAAGAGGUCCCUCAAGACACGUCCCAAAGCAGUCAAAAAUCGGACAUGGAGAAAAAUCCUCUAAACAAGAGAAAGGUCAAAUACUUUUACAUAUCCAGAGGACUGUAUCAUCUGUACGGAAGCCUUAUUUACCGUAAGGAAGGGACCAACCUUACGUAAUGUCAAACAUUUCUGUAGUCCACCUCGCUUAUUUACAAGUGCUACUCAGAGCUUUUGCUUAGAGUAAAGGAUUUGUUUAUUUAAAAGAUUUUAUUCUGCCCUAUUUUUAUUCCUUAAUUGCGGAAUCAGAAAAAACUAUUAGGAAGAUACAGACUGAACUUGUGUGUUUCAGUCUGAGUGCACAAUUACUACAAAAGCACAAUUUUGUCCCCAAAAUAAAAGCAAAUUGAGGGCAUUAAUUGUACUAUUAGUCCAAGAGUUUGUGAAAUUUCCUUUCAGAUCACAUGGUGGCACUAUUGCGGAUUUAUGUAAACAUGUAACGUUUUUACAUCCUAGUUGCACAAUACUACACUGUGAUCAUUUAUAGAUUGGAUAAAAUCACGUACUUUCAAGUAUGUAGAAAAGAUAUUGGGAUGUUGAUUUUGAAUGUCACCUUAUUACCGUAUGUAUUAUUAAUAUAAUUUUAGGGCAUGUACAAUGUUAGCUCAAAAAGCAUGAAAAACCAGGCACCUUUGGCAUUAUAUUUUCAAUAUUUUCUGAUAUGGGGAUUCAACUAUUCUAAUGUUCCAUGCUAUCCCAUAAAGAAUGGAUAGAUGGUGAAACAGGAUACAACCGAAGACAUCUGAUCGCAAUCCUAAACAUAAUACUAUAGGAAUAUAAUAGAUGCAAAGGGAUCGUCCUGGGUCAUAGAGUGUUUUAAAACUUAAUAACAAGACAAAAGGCUUUAAUGUCUACAGCUGGAUGCAUUUUAAGCACAUUAGUAUUUUUUAAAUUCUUUAAUUAUGAUGUGUCUUUUCGUUUGUUUUUGUUGUUUGUUGUAGUUUAAAUGUCUAGUUUGACCUAAGAGAGCAAGUUAUCGCUGUGAAACUGUGAAAGAUAAAAUGUCCCCUCGUCUCAGCUUGCAUAAUAGACAAAGUUUACUCGAACUAGUAAGUUAUGUCUACAGUAGCUGUAAUGACACAAUUCUAUCCGUCAAAGGAAAAGAAUGACUGAUUAUCAUGAUUCAGUGCUUAUCUUGUGCAAUGCGUUUGCUUUUUCAUAAUUUAUUGAGUCACAGGUUCACAAGUUCAUAUGAACAUUCAACUUGACUUGGGUCUCAGAUUACUUAAUAUGAGUUAGUAAGUAAACAACAGCAAUAGUAGAAAUAAUGAGAGUUGGGGAAAUAAUACAGUUGGGGUGGUGGUACGGUGCUGGAGAAACUGUCAUGGGACUGUGGCUUCCACAGCUCCUCCUGAACUUUUCCAUUUUGAAAUUUUAGGACAUUUAGUUUACAUUUUAACUGUAUGUCUUAACACAAUAUUGUGAGCAUCCACAUUCCAAUGAGCACCAAACAGAAUUUUGCAGUUGUGCUCGAUUUCAACUUUUGAGUUAAAAGUAUCUGUCCUGUUGCCCCUGAAUCCCUGAAAUAAACAGACUAAAUGUGUGUCAAUAAAGGUGAAUUCCUUUUAAUAAAAAAUGUGUGCAACAAAGAGA